AUUCUUGGAGAGCGGUUAUUCUUGAGAAUAACCCAAACUUGAUUGAAGUAUUCUAGCAAUGGUCGGAAUAUCAGCGAGGAAUGGAAUCCGAUGGACAAAAUGUGAUGACGUACAACGAAUUCCCGAGUUAUUUCUCGGCGUCGCUCGGAGCCUUUUUGAUGAUAGAGAACAUCUUUGGCUUGACCUUUAACCUCAUGGUUCUGGUCGUCUAUCAUUUGAGCAGACGGUCAUUGACGUCAGUUGGCAACAUCAUCAUUACGAGUCUGAGCAUUUUGGAUCUUCUUGUUGGAUUGACCACCAUUCCUUUGACAUUCACAAUCAUGGUGACGUCUCGGAUGCAGAGCCGUCUGUUCUGCUACUUUCACGAAGCCUCGAUUUCGUUUGCGAGUUCGGCCAGCGCGAUUAAUCUCAUGAUGAUUAGUUUGGAUAGGUAUGACACUAUAAUAACACCACUGAAUAGGAAAUUAACAAUGAAUAAUGUGAAAUAUGUGUUGAUAUUCAUUUGGGUGAUUUCGCUUGUCGGAUUUUGUACGCCAUUUUUUGGCUAUGAGGCUUCCGGUACAAGGGAUGAAAGAUCAAUAACGGGUAAUUUGUCUGAACUGCCGUGCUUCGAAUGGUUCAACAUAUCACGCAAAAACAAAUACUUCUAUGAACUAUAUUACGUGAUUCUGUACAUAAUUUCGAACACGGUGAUGAUAUAUUGUUACUUUAGAAUAUUCCACGAAGCGAAAUCAAGACUCAGCUUUCGGACUGCGCUUGUAAAGGCAACAUUUCUUAACAUUCCCGGGGCUAGAACAGAAAAUUCUUCCGUGCAAGCCUCAAAAGCUCACGAGCGACGAAUGACAAAAAUGACAAUGAUGAUAGUUAGUACUUUUAUGAUAUGCUGGGGACCUCACGCCAUAUUAAGCGUUGUCAUGGUUAUUUUAGAUAGUACUUUGUUACUAGAACAGUUACAACUAUGGUUCUUAGCGCUGGCAUAUUUCUCCACCGUGUUGCAUCCGCUGCUGUACGCUUUCAUGCGGCAGAACUUCCGGCAAGUUUUGACUGAUCGGUGGAGAAGCCGGCGCUCGACGAUACGCGUUUCUCCUGUCACCGACGAAGUAAAACAAAUAUCAAUGAUUUCUCCGCUGAAUGCGACCAGGGAUGACAGUCACGCGAGUUAUCACCAUAAUGGACGCUCGGUGUCCGUCGUUGCCAAUAAUCACAAAGUGGAUACGCCACCAACGGUCAUAAGCACGACAUCUCGUGUCACUACCAUAUCCAAACAUCAGCGCAGUAUCAGCCAGAUUGUUGACCGUGAUAGCCAUUGCAACUUUGUUCCGUCGAACGGGAGUAUGGACUCUCUCAUCAGAAUUGGCGGGUACACUGGCUCAGGGAGCUUGGCGGCCUCCCUAGGCGAGAGCAUGACCGGACAGUAUGUUGUUAUCAACUCAGAGAAUAUAGACAACUUGCCGAGCAAUCUUCGUCCAUAUGUGAUAGAGGAAACGUCAUAUACAAAGACUGAAGACAGUCAGGAUGAAACUGGUAUGACAAGAGUCGAAAGUUCCUAGAAGUCUGAAGGAUUCUGCAAGCAGACGAUGCUGAUUAGUCAUAUAUAUUUACCCAGGAUCUUGGUAUAUUGUACAGCUUGCUGCAACGUUUUUGAGUGUUCCUAUUCCUCAGUAGAAAUAAAGGUUUUUGAGCCUCAUAUUUUUAAAAAUUUUACCUGUAGGUAUAUCCCCAUGUGCCAUCUGUCGCCGUAAAGUUAUUCGAGUUACGAUAUCGAACAAUAGAUGUCGCAACUCAUGUUAACUACACGUGUACCUGUACGUCGAUGUGCAAGCCAUAUUGUAAUUGAAUGAAAUCAGUGUACUAAGCAUUGUUUGUAGAAUUCUAUUGUUUGUAACCAAAUGAACGGCAGC